AUGUCGUGGAUAACUUCAACUGAAACUGAUGAUCGUAGUUCUACGUCUUCAGUUAAUAGUGCAAUUGCUGAGAAUUUGACAAUGAAUGGCAGCACAUCGACAAAAUUGGAAGUUUCCAAUUCCAAUACUGCACCUCUACAAAUGUCCAAGAGUAUAUCAACUAUAGUGACACAAACUCCAAACUACUCUAUAGUGCCCAAGUUAAAUGGCAAACCUCCGGCACUCAUUUCCAUUCAACAAUUGCCAGCAAAUAAUUUACAACCGAAGACGGAGUCAAUUUCUGAUGGAGAUUUAUCUGAUUUUUCUCUAAAUGAUACCGAAGACGAUGAGGAAGAAUAUCGUAAUUGUAUUCUACUUAAUGGCAAUCAAACGGAUGUAACGCGUUCUCUCUCAAACUCACCACGAAAUAUGAACUUGCUUCAGUCUCCAAUACAAUCCAAUACCUCUCCGACUAAUGGAGCAGUGAAUAAUGGCCAAAUUGUUGGCGUAGUGCGUAAAGUUUUUACAAAUACACGUGAACGUUGGCGUCAACAGAAUGUCUCUGGUGCAUUUGCUGAACUACGAAAAUUGGUACCAACUCAUCCACCAGAUAAGAAAUUAUCGAAAAAUGAAAUCUUACGUUCAGCUAUUAAAUACAUAAAAUUAUUAACAAAUGUUCUGGAAUGGCAGAAGCAACAAGAUGAACUGCAGCAAAAAGAUAUUGAUGGAGCUGAAAAUGAGCCUAAUAAUAAUGAUAAACGUCUAUCUAAUGGUCAUGAUUCUAUACUUCCUUAUGGUAAUGGUCAUGUUGUUAGUUCAUUUGAGCAACAACGUGUAGGACCUCAGUUUCUAGUGAAAUGUGAACGGAGUGCAAUUCUACAUAGUGUUCACCGCAGUAAUAAUUUAUUGAUGAUAGCACCUGGUGCAUUAAUACCACGUACAGUGAUCAAAGCAGAGCGCAUAACUGUUGAUGUGAUGAAUGGUAAGUUGGGUGCAGAAGACUCUAAAGUGUUAUUACCAGUAGUUCAACCUGUACCCAUGCAAGGCUUGCAUGGUGUUAAUGCGUUGGAUGUUCGUACUUUGACUAAAGCUGCUAAGUCCAGUAAGCGAAAGGGUGCUAGUAGUGUUAAAAACACAGAAGGCGAAAGUUUGACCAAACGCAAGAAGGAUAAUGGAAACACAAUGCCAUCACAAAAUAAUCGCAUUUAAAGGAAGAGUAAAAUUUUUUAUUGUUUAUUAGAAAACAUUUU